AAUCAAAGUUGUUGUAAGCGAAGGUACAGUUUCAUCUGUCUCUUCAAACAGCCGCUAUGAAGUUUUUGUGUUUGGCUACUCUUAUGAUUGCGACAGUCUUCGCAGAAGAGGUCGCGGAAUCCAAGGGGGUGCACAAACGCGGCUUGGGUGAUUUCGGCGGUGGUAGCUCCUACGGCCACGGAGGAGGUUUUGAUGUGCAAGGUGGAGGUGGAGGUGGAUUUGGCGGACAGGAUGGCAACACUGUUGUGAGCCACAUUACUUUAUCAAGACAAGUACCGUAUCCGGUGCCUCAUCCCGUUCCAGUUCCGGUCGAAAAUAGGGUUCCAUACACCGUGAACUUUCCCGUGCCUGUUAAGGUCGAUAAACCAUACACAGUUCAUGUUCCUAAACCUUACCCCGUGCACGUAGAUAAACCAAUUCCAUACGAAGUUGUUAAAAACAUCCCAGUUCCAGUAAGCGUCCCAGUCAAAAUUCCAUUUCCGGUACCAGUAAAAGUUCCAAUUCCACAACCAUACCCGGUUCAUGUUCCUAAAUCAUUUCCCGUUCAUAUUCAUACUCCAGUAAUCAUUAAGAAACCCGUACCAUAUGUCAUUAACGCGGGGACUGAUCACGGUGCUUCUGGGACAUUUGGAGGUGGACACAGCAAUUUUGUCAACCACGACUACUCUUCAAGCGGAUACGGUCAUCAUUAGAAGCACAUCAAC